CGGGUGACUAACGGUCUGUUUUUCCCGGAUUUCUAGAUCUUCAUUUAAUGUUUAACACAGUACACUUUUCUGUGAUCCAGCCGUGGAGAUCUGAACCAAGCAGGACAACAUCCAGUUUUAUAUUCUCUAAACCUUUUUCAGAGUGCAUGUGAACGGAGAGUGGUAUUUAAAAAUGAACAACUUUGUUAACAGAAUUCUGACCUGGAGCACAAGAAAAGCUAAAAGAUCAGUGAUGGAUGGGUUCAUGAAGAUGAAGAACUGACAGCAUCAGUAUGGCUUCUUCAAAUCAGUCUGCAAGAGAUUAUGUCAAAAACGCUCGUCAAAACCUGGUUGGACGGUUACUAAACCUGCCUCUUAUUGUUGAAAAACUUCAUCAACAGAAUGUCUUCAAUGCCAAUGAAGUUAGUGAAAUUGAGGCAGAACCAGAAAAGUACAACAAAACCAGGAAGAUACUGGACUGGGUCUUUAACAAGGGUGAGGAGGCCUGCUAUAAAUUUCUCAGAAUACUGGAUCGUGAGAGGAAAUCAGUCUUGCCAAAGUCAGAUUCCUCUGGCCUGACUACUGAUUUACGUACAUGGAUCUGCUUGUUCUUUAGAGAUGAGCCUGAAGAUGAUUAUAUUGAAGGACCUGUCUCAUGUCAUCAGCUGCAAAAGAUUUUGAAGACAAAAACAAAACAAUUUCUAGGUGAACAGUGGAGGAAGAGCCAGCAGUUCUAUGGAGGAAAAGUACAAGAAAACUUCACCUUUAUUCCUCUGGUGUUGGAUACAGACACAGAAACUAAUACACCCCAUAACAAAAUCGCACUCAAGAGGAAGAAAUCUAAAAAAUCCCGUUCAAAAAAGAUGAGGGCCUACAUACCAAGAGACACACAGAGAAAAUCCCCUGAAGAUUUGCUUAAUAGCAGGGAGAAAAGUAUCCUAAUAGUAGGAAAACCUGGAAUUGGGAAGACAACAGUUGUUCAACAAAUGUUGCAUCACUGGGCAGAGAGACAUGACCCAAACCUUGACUUCAUGUUUUACUUUGAUGAAAACACACUGUCAAAUAUCUCAACUAUAGUUGGCUUAGAACAUCUUCUGCUUAGCAAAGUUUUAAUGUCAAAUCCACAGCUUAAAGAUAAUGUUGAAGAAUUUUUGCACUAUCUUCAAGAAUAUUCUGAAAAAGUCACUAUUGUUUUUGAUGGAAUCAAAGAUUUUCAGGACAACCUGAUUUUGCUGGAAAUCAUGAAACAUGACCUUCUGCCUGAAGCAAAGGUUGUGGCCACAUGCAGGCCUGAAGUAGAGUACGAGUUCUCUGACUGGACAACAUGUAAAGUCUAUGUUCAAGGAUUCAGUGAAGAGUCAAUUUAUGAUUUUUUUAGGAAAAUGUCAGGUAAUGAUCCAGAGAUAGUAGACAGUGUGAUAAACAAUCCUGCACUCUUCAGUCUCUGCCAUGUCCCUAUGUAUGCUUUUAUGGUGGCAGCCUGCAUUUCAUACUACACUUCUGAAGAAGCAAAGAAACAGUGCACAGUUAGUGAGCUGUACAUACGAAUUUUUCGCCACUGUCUUCAGAGACAUGGAAAAAAGGAAUUGCUGCACUUAGAUGGACACAUUAUAAAGUGCAAAGACAAGAUCUUAUCUUUAGCAGAGAGUGCUUUCAAUGCAACCAAGUUAAAAACUAUCAACCUGGACUUUUAUUAUGAUGAGACAGGCAUUGCUGGUGCUUUCUUGACGACAGUCUCAGCCGUGUCACCAGCAUUUGCCGAGACAUUUUGUGCAUUUCAUCACAACACAAUGCAGGAAUUCUUUUCUGCUCUCUGGCUUCUAGGAAAAACAGAAAUACUUGAGAUUCUCCAUCAGUGUAAGAAUGAAGACAGUAUCCACAUGAAAUAUGUAAUUCCUUUCCUCUGUGGACUUCAAUCACAGACCAACAUUCCUCUUCUGAAGUGUCUCUUUCCAUUGAACAAUGUCAAGGGAAGUACUCAUGGUUUUUUUGAGAAAGUCUUAAAGACUUUUUUCUGUGAUCAACCAGAUGAUGAAAUUGUUGACGUUGCCUUCAUAUGUCAGUGUCUGUAUGAAUUUAAGUCGCCUGAAGCCUGCUGGUCAUUUCUGGAGAGAAUAAACUAUCAUCUAGAUUUGAGUGAAGAACAUCUUGACCCUUAUGCAUGCUGUGCUGUGUCCUAUGUAAUCAGCCAAUCCAGAAACAAACAGGUUCAUCUUGAUUUGGAGAACAUUGCUGUGUCACUCUCAGGGCUGAAGACAAUUCUCGAACAUUCACAAUAUCUAAGGGAUUUAUCAACAACACUCUGUCAGGUGUGGACAAUUUCCUUGAAACAAGAGCAGUUAGAUUACUUGAUACAGCUCCUGCAUUUACUGGGGAAUGAGAUUCACCUCCUGAUGAGCACUGAGACAGGUGUGCUUGAGAAAGCUGGAAAAAUCAUAACCCAGAGUGCAGAACAAAUAAAUCUCUAUCUACACUGUGAUAACGACCCACACCAGCUGACACCUGUUCUGUGCGACACAGUGCUCCUGUGGCUGCCACGCAUCCGCUCUCUCCAGUUUGACUCUAAACAGGGAGAGAAAGAACGAGAAGAGAGAUGUAGAACAUUUCUACUGGAUUUGUUUCUGCAAGCAGCUCUACACCAACCACAUAACAUCCUGCAGACAGUGGAGAAAAUGAUCACAUUUACUGAAUAUGGAGACUAUUAUUAUUAUUAUGACAUACUGAGUGAUUUCCUGCUGGAUCUGUACUCACGUGUGAAGCAGUACGAGAGUGAAACAGGCAGGAGAGUCCUUCCAGCAUUGCUGCCAGUUUACCAGUCAGUUCCUGCAGUCUGGUCCAUAAAGCUCUCAGAGAGAAAAGUCUCCCUCCUCCUAGAAGUGUUGAAACUCCAAACAGAGAAGAAACCAGUGGUGCUGAGAGACUGCUCAGAUGAAGAGAGUGAAGUGAGGAGUUUCCUUCAGUGUCUGCCCUACAUCUCACACCUCAGCUUUAAAGAGUUUUACUAUAUACAGGGAGAGAUGGAACAAGAAAAGAGAUGUAGAACAUUUCUACUGGAUUUGUGUCUGCAAGCAGCUCUACACCAACCACAUAACAUCCUGCAGACAGUGGAGAAAGUGAUCACAUUCACUGAAUAUGGAGACUAUUAUUAUUAUUAUGACAUACUGAGUGAUUUCCUGCUGGAUCUGUACUCACGUGUGAAGCAGUAUGAGAGUGAAACAGGCAGGAGAGUCCUUCCAGCAUUGCUGCCAGUUUACCAGUCAGGUCCUGCAGUCUGGUCCAUAAACCUCUCAGAGAGAAAAGUCUCCCUCCUCCUAGAAGUGCUGAAACUCCAAACAGAGAAGAAACCAGUGGUGCUGAGAGACUGCUCAGAUGAAGAGAGUGAAGUGAGGAGUUUCCUUCAGUGUCUGCCCUACAUCUCACACCUCAGCUUUAAAGAGUUUUACUAUAUACAGGGAGAGAAAGAACCAGAAAAGAGAUGUAGAACAUUUCUACUGGAUUUGUGUCUGCAAGCAGCUCUACACCAACCACAUAACAUCCUGCAGACAGUGGAGAAAGUGAUCACAUUCACUGAAUAUGGAGACUAUUAUUAUUAUUAUGACAUACUGAGUGAUUUCCUGCUGGAUCUGUACUCACGUGUGAAGCAGUAUGAGAGUGAAACAGGCAGGAGAGUCCUUCCAGCAUUGCUGCCAGUUUACCAGUCAGGUCCUGCAGUCUGGUCCAUAAACCUCUCAGAGAGAAAAGUCUCCCUCCUCCUAGAAGUGCUGAAACUCCAAACAGAGAAGAAACCAGUGGUGCUGAGAGACUGCUCAGAUGAAGAGAGUGAAGUGAGGAGUUUCCUUCAGUGUCUGCCCUACAUCUCACACCUCAGCUUUAAAGAGUUUGACUCUAAACAGGGAGAGAAAGAACCAGAAAAGAGAUGUAGAACAUUUCUACUGGAUUUGUGUCUGCAAGCAGCUCUACACCAACCACAUAACAUCCUGCAGACAGUGCAGAAAGUGAUCACAUUUACUGAAUAUGGAGACUAUUAUUAUUAUUAUGACAUACUGAGUGAUUUCCUGCUGGAUCUGUACUCACGUGUGAAGCAGUAUGAGAGUGAAACAGGCAGGAGAGUCCUUCCAGCAUUGCUGCCAGUUUACCAGUCAGUUCCUGCAGUCUGGUCCAUAAACCUCUCAGAGAGAAAAGUCUCCCUCCUCCUAGAAGUGUUGAAACUCCAAACAGAGAAGAAACCAGUGGACCUGAGACACUGCUCAGAUGAAGAGAGUGAAGUGAGGAGUUUCCUUCAGUGUCUGCCCUACAUCUCACACCUCAUGUUUAAUAAGUUUGACUCUAAACAGGGAGAGAAAGAACCAGAAAAGAGAUAUAGAACAUUUCUACUGGAUUUGUGUCUGCAAGCAGCUCUACACCAACCACAAAACAUCCUGCAGACAGUGGAGAAAGUGAUCACAUUUACUGAAUAUAGAGACUAUUAUUAUUAUUAUGACAUACUGAGUGAUUUCCUGCUGGAUCUGUACUCACGUGUGAAGCAGUAUGAGAGUGAAACAGGCAGGAGAGUCCUUCCAGCAUUGCUGCCAGUUUACCAGUCAGUUCCUACAGUCUGGUCCAUAAACCUCUCAGAGAGAAAAGUCUCCCUCCUCCUAGAAGUGUUGAAACUCCAAACAAAGAAGAAACCAGUGGUGCUGAGAGACUGCUCAGAUGAAGAGAGUGAAGUGAGGAGUUUCCUUCAGUGUCUGCCCUACAUCUCACACCUCAGGUUUAAACAGUUUGACUCUAAACAGGGAGAGAAAGAACCAGAAAAGAGAUAUAGAACAUUUCUACUGGAUUUGUGUCUGCAAGCAGCUCUACACCAACCACAAAACAUCCUGCAGACAGUGGAGAAAGUGAUCACAUUUACUGAAUAUAGAGACUAUUAUUAUUAUUAUGACAUACUGAGUGAUUUCCUGCUGGAUCUGUACUCACGUGUGAAGCAGUAUGAGAGUGAAACAGGCAGGAGAGUCCUUCCAGCAUUGCUGCCAGUUUACCAGUCAGGUCCUACAGUCUGGUCCAUAAACCUCUCAAAGAGAAAAGUUUCCCUCCUCCUAGAAGUGUUGAAACUCCAAACAGAGAAGAAACCAGUGGACCUGAGAGACUGCUCAGAUGAAGAGAGUGAAGUGAGGAGUUUCCUUCAGUGUCUGCCCUACAUCUCACACCUCAGGUUUAAACAGUUUUAUUCAGACUCUGAAUCCACUGCAUCCAUCCAGUUGUUACUGAAUCUGAGCAUCGCAGCAGUCGACUGUAAAUCAGAUAAAGGAGAGAGUUUUACUGAGCUUCUGGCAUCAGUGUGCAGCUACAACACAUUCCCUUUUGGUGAAGAGUGUCAUGGAUUACAAGAAAGACAGAGUGAUUUCCUGCUGGAUCUGUACUCACGUGUGAAGCAGUAUGAGAGUGAAACAGGCAGGAGAGUCCUUCCAGCAUUGCUGCCAGUUUACCAGUCAGGUCCUGCAGUCUGGUCCAUAAACCUCUCAGAGAGAAAAGUCUCCCUCCUCCUAGAAGUGCUGAAACUCCAAAAAAAGAAGAAACCAGUGGACCUGAGACACUGCUCAGAUGAAGAGAGUGAAGUGAGGAGUUUCCUUCAGUGUCUGCCCUACAUCUCACACCUCAGCUUUAAUGUGUUUUAUUCAGACUCUGAAUCCACUGCAUCCAUCCAGUUGUUACUGAAUCUGAGCAUCGCAGCAGUCGACUGUAAAUCAGAUAAAGGAGAAAGUUUUACUGAGCUUCUGGCAUCAGUGUGCAGCUACAACACAUUCCCUUUUGAUGAAGAGUGUCAUGGAUUACAAGAAGAACAGAGUGAUUUCCUGCUGGAUCUGUACUCACGUGUGAAGCAGUAUGAGAGUGAAACAGGCAGGAGAGUCCUUCCAGCAUUGCUGCCAGUUUACCAGUCAGGUCCUGCAGUCUGGUCCAUAAACCUCUCAGAGAGAAAAGUCUCCCUCCUCCUAGAAGUGCUGAAACUCCAAACAGAGAAGAAACCAGUGGAGCUGAGAGACUGCUCAGAUGAAGAGAGUGAAGUGAGGAGUUUCCUUCAGUGUCUGCCCUACAUCUCACACCUCAGGUUUAAACGGUUUGAUUCAGACUCUGAAUCCACUGCAUCCAUCCAGUUGUUACUGAAUCUGAGCAUCGCAGCAGUCGACUGUAAAUCUGAUAAAGGAGAGAGUUUUACUGAGCUUCUGGCAUCAGUGUGCAGCUACAACACAUUCCCUUUUGGUGAAGAGUUUCAUGGAUUCCAAGAAGAACAGAGUGAUUUCCUGCUGGAUCUGUACUCACGUGUGAAGCAGUAUGAGAGUGAAACAGGCAGGAGAGUCCUUCCAGCAUUGCUGCCAGUUUACCAGUCAGGUCCUGCAGUCUGGUACAUAAACCUCUCAGAGAGAAAAGUCUCCCUCCUCCUAGAAUUGCUGAAACUCCAAACAGAGAAGAAACCAGUGGAGCUGAGAGACUGCUCAGAUGAAGAGAGUGAAGUGAGGAGUUUCCUUCAGUGUCUGCCCUACAUCUCACACCUCAGGUUUAAACAAUGUGAAGAAGAGUUCAUUCCACGUUUAAGUAAAGCAGUUGUUGACUGCGCAGAAGAUACAAAGUUGGUGAGAGCUUUCUUUGCUGCGAUGGACUUCAUCUUCGUUAUAGACUGGGUUUUAACCACUCGUGAGUGCAGGGCUGUGAGGAAAGUGCUACGUCUCUCAGACUCCAAAGUCAAACUCACUCUGAAACCCCGAGCCAUCUCUCUCCGAGGGGCCAGAUUUCUCUUCAGACACAUCACACACCUACAGAAACUCUGCCUGAGUGACCGUGUGGUAGGGAGGAUGGUCCGAGCAUUUGGAGCAGUGAGAGCUGGUGGCUCGUUGGUCAUUGAGGAGCUCUGUCUGAGGCUUAACAGCAUAAACCCAAAGAAAGAGAUCUUCACAUUUCUGAGCAGUUUGUCUUCUCUCCUGAACAUCUGGACUGUUCACUGUGUGAAUCUCACUGAGUGCAGGAUGGAGGCUCACUCUCUCAUCAGCCUCAUGUGUCAUCCUGGGAAUUUAAAGAUCAGAUUAUCGAAAGAGACUCUCCAGCAGUUUACCAGUCUGCUGUGUGAGGUGCAGGAUGGGGAACUGACCCGCUUUUUCCUGGAGAAGGUGGGAGGAGACCUGACUUCCUGUUCUCUCAGUUGGGAGGAGCUUAUCUAUUUUCUCCAGCAGCGAGUUUGCUGCAUUAGUGCGAACAUCAGAAAGAGCAAAAUCACAUAUAAUCAUGCCAGACAGAUUCUUCCUCUACUGUCUGAAAUUCAGUUUAAACGAUUGAACCCCAGUGUUGUGCUGUCAAUCAUCAGAGAGAUCUAUGAGACUGGCUCUGCUCACUGUGUGUCCAGUCUGUUGAGUUCAACACACAGCUGUAUCAACCUGAACAAUACAGAGCUGGACUCUUACCACUGUACUGCCCUGUGCUUCACCCUCCAACACUGUACUUCUGUCUCUCUGAGCCUGCUGUGGACCUCCAUACCAGAGGGGGAGCUGGUGAAGAUUCUCCCUCUGUUCAACAGAGUUUCUCAGCUCAGUGUUGACAGGGUCCUGUUGUUGAAGUUGAUCCACUGCUGCAGUAUCUCUGAGAUCCAGCAGGGGGCAGUAGCAGCAGUUUUCUCUGCUCUGCAGAGCAGACUGGACUUCUCUUGUAGCACUGGUUUGGAUCUGACCACAGAAACACAGGAUAACACUCUGCAUCUGACCACUGAGGACUGCAGAGACAUCAGCACUGCCAUUCAGAAAUCUCUCCAACAUACAGAGCUCAUUCUAGUGCACUGUGAGAUGGAGGACACUGGAGUGGACAUGCUCUUCCUCAUUCUACAUAGUGUGAAACUGUGCUGUAGUAAACCUUUGUUGCUCCGGUUCCUGGCCCGUCUUCAUGUGGUGAAUGAGUCAGACUGUGUGAGGCAUGCUAUGUCCCUCUCCCAGGCGCUGGAUGAAGAGAUGGACCUCAGUGAGACCCCUCUGGACCUCAAUGCCUGUAGAUCACUAGCAUUGUUUCUGGAAUUUUCUGAAGGUCUGUCUGAACUGGACCUCAGCCACUGCCAGCUCACUGAUCACAGCCUAGAGCUGCUGUUCCCACACCUGCAUAAAGCAGCUGUCCUGGAGUUUGUUCUUUUCCUUAGCCUGAGUCACAAUGACAUAGGUGACGGUUUAGCUGGAAGAAUCUACACGGUCGUUUCUACUAACAGGAACAUACAGACAGUUCGACUCCACAACAACAGAAUUACUGAUAUUGAGCCUUUCCGAAAAGACAAGCGCUUCGAGAUCUGGUGAUGACUGUGGAUGAGUGUCCUGUUUUCACACCUCUCCCUAAACAGUAUAACGAGGAAAGAAUUAAACAAAUAGUCCUCAUUAUUCUCCUAUUAGUUUUUUAUAACAUUUAUUUUUUGGUUCUGUUGGAACUUUUGUCAGUUCAAUUAUUUUAAAAUUUCAUGUCUUGUUAACGUGGUAUGUACCAAUUUCUAUUUUAUUUUCAGUGUUUUUUUGAAGGGGUCAGAAGGAAAGGAAAAGUGUGUGUGGUUUCUUUUUUUCUGAAUAUUAAUGAUAUUUUGACUUCACAAUACACAUGUUUACCUCGA